AUGGCCUUCAACUUCGGGGCGGCGGCGGGCGCCGGGGCCUCCAACCCCAGCGGAUUUGGUGGGCUUGAAACCACAAACUCCACCGCCGGUGGGUUUAAUUUUGGGGGUUUCGGAUUAGCUGCUAAUCCCGCAGUGAAUUUUAAUAUUGGGAAUUUCGGUGUUUCUACUACCUCAACUCCACCAUUCAAUUUUGGUAACAGUCUGGCAAGUGCAGGUGCAUUUGGAGGAUUUGGGACAACCACUACCACUGCAGCGCCAGCAUUUAGUUUUUCUGCUCCCACCAACACAGGCACCAGCGGACUGUUUGGUGCUUCCCAGAACAAAGGCUUUGGAUUUGGUACUAGUUUUGGGACAGGAACUGGUACUGGCUUGGGAACUGGGUUGGGAACUGGGUUAGGCUUUGGAGGCUUCGGUACCCAACAGCAGCAGCAGCAGCAGCAGCAGACCUCAUUAGGAGGCGGUUUGUUCAGCCAGCCUGCUCAGACACCUGCCCAGUCAAACCAGCUCAUCAAUACUGCCAGUGCUCUCUCAGCUCCGACACUCUUGGGAGAUGAGAGAGAUGCCAUCUUGGCAAAAUGGAACCAGCUGCAGGCCUUCUGGGGAACGGGCAAGGGGUACUUCAGCAAUAACAUCGCUCCAGUGGAGUUCACACAGGAAAACCCAUUUUGCAGAUUUAAGGCUGUGGGUUACAGUUUAAUGCCCAACAACAAAGAUGAAGAUGGCCUUGUGGUCUUGGUCUUCAACAGAAAAGAAGUAGAUAUUCGAAGCCAGCAGCAGCAGCUCGUGGAAUCACUACACAAAAUUCUUGGAGGAAACCAGACCCUUACUGUCAACGUAGAAGGUGUUAAAACGAUGCCAGAUGACCAGACAGAAGUGAUCAUUUAUGUUGUUGAGCGUUCACCCAAUGGCACUUCAAGGAGAGUUCCAGCAACCACCCUCUACGCCCACUUUGAACAAGCCAACAUAAAAUCAUCCCUGCAGCAGCUGGGGGUCAGCUUCUCCAUGGCCAGAACAGAGCUCUCCCCAGCCCAAGUCAAACAGCUCCUUCAAAACCCCCCUGCUGGUGUUGAUCCUAUUAUUUGGGAGCAAGCCAAAGUUGAUAAUCCUGAUCCUGACAAGCUUAUUCCUGUGCCCAUGGUGGGUUUCAAGGAAUUGUUGAGAAGAUUGAAGGUCCAAGAUCAGAUGACCAAACAGCAUCAAACUCGCUUAGAUAUAAUAUCAGAAGAUAUCAGUGAGUUGCAGAAAAACCAGACUACAACUAUGGCAAAAAUUGCACAAUACAAAAGGAAACUGAUGGCUCUUUCUCACAGAACGUUACAGGUGUUAAUAAAACAAGAGAUCCAAAGGAAAAGUGGCUAUGCCAUUCAGGCAGAUGAAGAACAGCUUCGUGUACAGUUAGAUAUAAUUCAGUGUGAACUUAACGCACCAACACAGUUCAGAGGCAGACUGAAUGAGCUCAUGUCCCAAAUCAGGAUGCAAAACCACUUUGGAGCAGUGAGGGCUGAAGAGCGUUAUUACAUAGAUUCAGACCUCUUAAGAGAAAUAAAGCAACAUCUGAAGCAGCAGCAAGAAGGCCUGAGUCACCUAAUUAGCAUUAUAAAAGAUGACUUGGAGGACAUCAAACUGAUAGAACAUGAGUUGAAUGAGAGCAUUCCCAUGAGAGGAGGUUUCUUCAGUUGACGAGCAGGAUUCUGCUGGGCUCACGUGGAAUGUUAUUUGAGUUUAUCAUUCACCUUCCAAGGCCAAAACUGGUGAGGUAAAAUAAAAUGUGCAUCUUUCAGGAGCAAUGGUGUAUUGGCUGUUAUUUUUUUUAGAAUUUGCAAAGCCUCUUCUAAGCUUUUGAAUUUGACCUUUGGAAGGUUUAUAUUUUGUAAAGCUGUAUACGCUUUAAAGAAAGAAAGAAAACUGAAUCUGUUCAGAUACUGUUUUACUAUAAAACAAUAUGUACUAUUGUACAUUUUUUUUUUCUUUAAUUACAGCAGAGUUGUCUUAGAAAUGCAGUGCUGAGGGAAUUGUUCCACUUGUGACUUGGUUUGUGGAAGCUUAGCUGCUUCCAUGUUUUUGUCAAAACAGCUGAGUAAUGUUAUGUAAAGAGCUAAUCUAAAUCUUUACAGAAAUGUCUGAACUAUGUUGGUCUUUGUAAUGCUGGUAGUUCUUUGGGGCAUUUCCAGGGUAUGCCCUUCCUUUGGACUGUUUACAUAUGUGAAUUUUACAGUGCUUUUCUGCCCCUCAGCUAAAAACAGUGUCUAGAUAUUGUCUUCUGCUUUUUUUUUUUAUUUUGAAUUUCUGGAAAAUAAUAAAUUCAGUCUGACUUUGUAA